ACUAUUGGAAGCGCGCACAGAUAGCCGGCUGGCCAGCAGCUAGUUCGACGUGGAACCUUUCGUCGCCUCACAACAGGGGGAUUCGGCUGAGUUUCCUUUAUACGAAUGCAUUUCCAUUGAGCCUGUCUGUGUGUUCUUGGACGAGUCGCUCAUCUUGAUAGUGGACUCCAUGGUAUCUGGCUCAUCUUUACGCUGUCAGUACGUCGCUGUCUUCCUUAUCUGUGUCUCGCUCGCAGUCUUCCUCUUCCUGAACAACGGGUUUCCACCGAUAGCCGUCCGUCUUCCAGCGUGGUUCCCGGAGAGCGCCUUCACGAACGUCACCGCAGGCGAACCCGUCACCAUACUGUUCUGGACGCCGACGUUCGGGUCUUGGUUUGAGCCGUUGUCCGACGUCAGUAGCGGGCUCGUUUCUUACAACAGCUGCAGCGUACCGUGUUUCCUAACCAGGAACAGAUCUCUCGUGAGAACGGCGGACGCCGUAGUUUUUCACGACAGGGACACCGACGCUAGAGACCUUCCCAGGUAUCGCGUCGGGCACCAGCGAUGGGUCUACUGGAAUAUGGAGGCGCCCCCAAACAGUCGUCCCGAGCAACUGGUUAGAAUCAGAAGCAUCUUCAACUGGACGUACACCUACCGCAUCGACUCGGACGUUCCACAUCCAUAUUUCACCAUUCAUUCCCGCCACGGCGAUUCGCCACAAGCCGACGAGGGACAAAAGCCGUUCACAGUUAACCGGUCCGGACUGGUUGCCUGGGUCGUCAGCAACUGUCAGACCCCGAGCCAUCGAGAGGACUUCGUCGCGGAACUCAGAAAACACGUGACGGUCGACGUUUACGGACGUUGCGGCACUCUGCAGUGCCCACGGAGUGAAGAAUGUUUCGCUCACUUGGGUGAGAAGUACUACUUCUACCUGUCACUAGAGAACGCCUUGUGUCCCGACUACGUCACGGAGAAGCUGUACAACGCCCUCAGCCACGGCAUGGUUCCCGUGGUCAUGGGAGCGUACUCGUCCUCCCUGGCGCCUCCCGGAUCGUGCAUCGACGCGCUUCAAUUCGCGUCGCCCCAGCGCCUCGCCGCGUACCUGAAGGAUCUGGCCGCCGAUCCUGCACGUUACGAGGCCUACUUCGACUGGAAGAAGACGCACGAGGCCCGGCGCCACCGUUUCAUGGAUCACUGCGCCCUGUGCGAAGCCCUCUACGGGGCUGACCCGGACGAGCGAAAGAGGUACGAGGACAUUGUGGAGUGGUGGCACGGCGACAGAUCGACCUGCAGACAGUGGAAGCCGCCGGCAAGCUGAUCGAGCCUGGUUUUCUGACGGACCACGGUGAUUUUUUUUUAGAUGCGAAGCACCUCAUGGUCGAGUUAGAUACGGUGUGGUGCGUGACCACCCUUAUUGCGCAUGCGGAGGAGCCCCUUCUCUCCUCCCUCCUCUACUACGCUCUCUUCUCUCGCCUCGCAACGCCGUCACACGCAGCGUCUGAUAGCCUACGCUUGCUCCCCCUCUCUCUCUCUAGGCAUCCCUCCCCGCGGCUUUCACGAGCCCAUUGCACAUGCGUGUCUCUCGCCUGAAAAUGCAGAACUGAAAAUGCAGCGCUAUGCUCGAAAAAGUGGGUGUUUCUUACACUUCGCCGGAAAUUCAACUUAUGCUCGAAAAGGCACCCAGUCGGCGAUAUGGUGCUGCCACCUACCGGUGGUCCUGGGUACUGCACAAGGUCCUAUUUCCCGACAUUAAUACCAGAUGGCGUCCAUAUCUCACGCAGCCCUUCCAGACAGAAGACUAUAGUAUUUCGACUAACAUUUGCAGUGAAUCCCCAUGAUACGCGGUCAAUUUUAUUUUUUACUGCAUGUCGACUUGUCGCCACUUGACUACUCUCGUCUGAUAUAAAUCAAUCACAUUAAACAAAUAUCUGCGUACUUAAAUUAUUUGCAUUUUAAGAAACUGAGGGGGUUCAGAUCUAUCAUGGAUUUCUUUCCGCACUUAAUGGCAGUAGGCUUCAAUACGAAGAAUAAUGAUUUUACUGAUAUAACAGAGAAGGGACAUAAUACUACAAAAUAUCAACAAAGGUGAAGCAGCAAAGGUCGCUUCGUAGCCGUCAAACAGACAGGACAAUGUCUCAAGCAAUGCUAUCGGAAGACAAUAAAACCUUUUCAAGAGAGGUGACCGACAGGCAAGGCAACACUAUUCUACGCGGCUCCUCAAAGGCCAACAGGUGUAUAGGCAUCGACUAACCAGUCGUGGCGCGCUAUCUUUGUAUCGAGAAAUACCCGUGGAUCUGACGCCUAACUCCUCAGAUGCCGUGGUCGUUCCCGGAGAAGCGAACAGGACCCUUGUGUGAAUAGACAUUUCGUUUUCGCCAACGCGCCAAGGACGGCGGUUUACCCGAAGCAGCCGUAUAGCUACGCGUCGAUGUACAGGAAAGGUGAGCCGCCGAAAUCGACGCAUCUGGCCUGCGCCAGCGCAAUAUAUGGUGACGCGUAGCUGUGUUAGACAGACCAACAAGGUCGGACGUGGCGAGAUAGUGGUCAAGGUGCUCGGCUGUUGACAAGCAGGUCGCGUGUUCGAUCCCGGCUGCGGUGGUGUCCAUUUCGAUGGAGGCGAAAUGGUAGAGGCAUAGAAGUGAUGGUACAAAUUUUGUGCAGCCCUUCACUACGGCGUUCCUCGUAAUUAUAUAGCGGUUUUUGAAACGUUAAAAUCAAGAUACUAUUAUUACAGACCAACAAGCUUUUGCGUCAACGUGGGAAAGCCUCGUUGGUUACUCCUGUCAGUCCCUGUUUCAAUUUAAAUUCUCGCUUCAAUAAAACAAAUAGAAGUCUGGGACCCACGGUUUGUAUUUUACUAAAUUCCUGAUUGGGCGUUGCUAUAACCGGUUAUAGAGAACAUACGAAUGAAAAAAUCAACAAGCAGUCCCUUCGAUAUACUUCUCAUUGAAGAAUAUGUACCAGGUGCUGCGUUUUUAAACACAACUAUAAUGAAA